AUGUCUGUUGUAAAAUACAAUAGCAUACUACCGAUUAUAAUUAUUAAUGAAUUCAAAAGGAUCUUUAAGGGUCUGAACGUAGGUUUAGAAAUCAGUGUUUCUAAUAAACACAGCAUUUUAAAACUUUGUCAACCUGAAUUAUUUACCGGAAGUAGUAUCGACAAGCAAAUAUGCAGUAAUGUUGACCCUUCAGAAGAAGACCAAGCAAAAAUUUCAGGAUUGCUUGCUACAAGAGGCAUACUAUCUUUUAAAGUGCAAGAUGGAGAAUAUUUUCAUUAUCUUGUGAUUACAUGGGUCGUCAAAACUGGUAUGAUGAGGGGGAGAAAUUCAGUAACAGUCUCCAUACAGGAUAAAAAACCAGAAAGAAACAAUAGUCAAGAAUUAUUUAACAGGUUGCAUGUAAAAGAGAAUAAAAAAUAUCCUGGAGACGCCAUUAAUCCAAGAAACGAUUACUAUUGCGUAUAUGGGGGUAUUACUGACGGGAGCAAUGCAAAAUUGGAAAUU